AUGCUGUGGAAUUCUCUUGGCGGCUGGAACCCCUCAGGCUGGGCAGACCAGUGGCUUCUUCAAUCCUCAAUGGGUUCUGCUGAUAGGUGCAGCCCAGCGGGUAUAACUCUCCCCGAUAUCACUGGGGUGAGCGUACUGUCGAUUGAAGCCUUGGAUGAGCGCAAUUAUACAUACGUUCCGGGGCCCUUCGCAGCCGGCCUGGCGGAUUCUAACCCGAUUCCUGAUCUCAACUUCUGCAAUGUCACCGUCACGUACACACACCCCGGCUGGCACGACACUAUUAACGUCAACAUCCUGCUCCCCACAAACGAUUGGAACGGUAGAUUCGCGGGAUUUGGCGGGGGUGCCUUCACGACUGGGGGAGGAAUGCUUGCGGAGUUCUUGAUGAUGCCGAUCAUGGCCACAGGAUUCGCUACUGCUACCACAGACGGUGGGCAUACGACAGACGUUCUUGGCCCGGAACUCUACGAACCUUCAUGGGCUCUGACCAGCCCUGGCAACGUCAACUGGCCACUGCUCAUGGACUUUGCCUCCGUUGCACUGCACGAUACAGCAACUAUUGGCAAGGCGGUCGCAGAAGCGUUCUACGGCACCGCGCCAAUGUACUCAUACUUCCAUGGCGGUUCAACGGGUGGCAGGCAAGGUCACAUGCUUGCACAGAGAUAUCCACAGGACUACGACGGCAUCAUCGCGCUAUUUCCUGCCAUUAAUUGGGUCAGGUUCUUCUUCGCCAACUACUGGCCAAUAUUCGUCAUGGAUCAAAUGCGGACCUAUCCGCAACCAUGCGAGCUCGAUGCUAUCACAGCUGCAGCUGUGUCAGCUUGCGAUAAGCUGGACGGACUAGAAGACGGGAUCAUCUCUAGAGAAGAUCUCUGUGAUUUUGAUCCUCACAUGGUCGUUGGCACGAAGAUUCACUGCAAUAGUGUUGAGGCUACAGUGUCUUCCGCGGCUGCAGAUGUCAUUCAGAAGACAUGGGAUGGACCUAGAAGUUCCACAGGCGAAUUCCAAUGGUACGGGUUCGGCAAGGGGACUAACUUGACGCAGCCAAUCACCGGCCCAAUUCAGGUUCGAUGCAACGAAGACAGCUCUUGCACAGCCGAGUUAAAUGAUGUAUGGGUUCGAUACUGGGUCAAGAAGGACCCCUCAUUCGACAUGAGGAAGAUCACCCAUCAAGAAUGGGAUGAGCUUGUACACACUUCCAUCAACGAGUAUGACUCCAUUAUCGGAACCUCUGACCCGAACUUGUCUGCUUUCAAGAAAAGGGGCGGCAAGAUGGUCAACUGGCACGGUACCGUGGAUGCUGCUAUCCCCUUGAAUGGGAGCACUCACUAUUACGACCAUGUUUUGAGCCGCGACCCAGAGGUUGCGGACUACUACCGGCUUUUCGUGGCUCCUGGCUCCGGCCAUUGCUUCAACUGCGGGCCGGCUCCGCCACCCACAUUGGAUUACAUUGUUGAUUGGGUGGAGAAGGGUGCAGCUCCUGACACACUACAGGCCUCGGGGCAGAACGGACUUGGUGUACAUGUUGAAAGAGAUCUCUGCAUGUACCCUAAGGUUCAGCACUACUUAGGCGGAGAUCAGACAGUGGCAUCGUCUUUCAUCUGCGUUUAG